AUGGCUGAAAAAAGCACUUUCUUGAGGCAAAACGCUCUCAUUGCAAUUUUAGCUCAUAUGGAUUCAUUUGUGCCAGCAGAUAGUGCACAUAUUGGAGUGAAUGAUAAGAUAUUCAGCAGGGUUGGCGCAACGGAUAAUAUAAAGGCUGGUUAUUCCACCUUCAUGGUGGAGAUGAUUGAAACAGCAACCAUAGUCAACCAAGCAACAGACCGUUCCUUGGUAAUACUUGAUGAAAUUGGUAGAGGAACAGGAGUGUAUGAUGGCUUAUCUAUUGCUCAGGCGGUAAUUGAACAUAUUCACAAUGUAAAUAAGUGCCGCGCUAUCUCUGCAACUCAUUAUACUAAAAUGAGUCAUAUGGAACACUCGAUGCUAGUACACAUAGGGAAGCAUUAUUGCUGCUUAAGGAAAGCUCCAAUGAUUUGA